AUGUACCUGAUCACUGUGUGUGGAAACCUGCUCAUCAUCCUGGCCACCAUCUCAGACUCCCACCUGCACACCCCCAUGUACUUCUUCCUCUCCAACCUGUCCUUUGUAGAGAUCUGUUUCACCUCCACCACCGUCCCAAAGAUGCUGGUGAACAUCCAGACACAGAGCAAGGUCAUCACCUAUGUAGGCUGCAUCACCCAGCUGUUCUUUUCCAUACUCUUUGCAGGGGUAGAUGACUUCCUCCUGUCUGUGAUGGCCUAUGACCGGUAUGUGGCCAUCUGUCACCCCCUGCACUACACGGUCAUCAUGAAUCCCUGGCUCUGCGUGUUGUUGGUUCUGGCAUCCUGGCUCUCCAUUGUCUCUUUAUUUUAUUGUACAGGCCUAGGAGUGUACCUUAGUCCUGAUGCUACCCAGAGCUCACACUCAAGUGCAGCAGCCUCGGUGAUGUACACUGUGGUCACCCCCAUGCUGAACCCCUUCAUCUACAGUCUGAGGAAUAAAGACAUAAAGAGGGCCCUGAAAAUAGUCUUUGGAGGGAAAUUGUGGAAAUUGUGA